AUGCCUACAGAAAAUGGCGUGACGAGCUCCAAUGCAGCUCUUGCUGACGAGUUCGAAGCCUUGAACUCCAUCUAUGAUCCUGAAACCAUCGUAUUGCUGAACGAUUCCUCGAACGAGACGAGCGCCGCCCUCCGACUGCCCGGCUUGCCCUUCGUCUUUCUGGCCUCUUUCCGUUCCCAGUAUCCCGACACUGAUGUCCCUCCGACGAUCAUUGGUACCCAGUCGACAGGCAAUAGCGGACGGGGUGAAGGAGAGGCCGCGGUGAACAUUCUCCGUGACGUGCUCGAAAGAGUUUGGACCCCGGGUCAAGUGUGUCUGUUCGACUUGGUGGAAGAGGCUGGACCAUUGGUCCAACAAUACCACAGCGAGCACCAGCAUCAGCACCAUGGCGCGUCUCAAGAUCACGGCCAAAAUGCUACGAACAGGUCCGUGUCGCCUACCCACCAUGAAACUCAUGAGCCGGACCUGAUUCGGGAUACAGCACCGUCACAUGCUCCUCCGCCUUGGACCUUAUCCGAGCCAUUGACGGCCAACAAGUCCACUUUCAUUGCACGAGCAUGUCCGGUCUCAUCGCUACCGGAAGCAAUGGAUUCGAUAUCCCACCUUCUCUCUACAAAUAAAAAAGUCGCGACAGCCACACAUAAUAUCACGGCGUGGCGGAUACAGUCGACCAAUACGCAGACUGGAAAUGCUACGACGAUACAAGACUCGGACGACGACGGAGAGACUGCAGCAGGAGGCCGAGUGUUGCAUCUGAUGCAGGUAAUGGAUGUGUGGAAUGUCGUGGUGGUCGUCACCCGGUGGUAUGGAGGGGUGAAGUUGGGCCCAGAUAGGUUUCGGCUGAUCAAUUCGGUGGCCAGAGAAGCGUUGGUGAAAGGAGGAUUUGCGAAAGAAGAAGGGGAAAAGGCGAAGAGCAAAGGGAAAGGUAAGAAAUAA